UCGAAUGUUGUCGCACAACUACGUUAGACGACAGGCUGUACUUUCCGACUUGUGCUGUUAGAGUUCGGCAGCGGAGGUUCUUCGCGAGGAUACUCAAAAAUAGCCUUUAAAGGCGAUUAAGUAUGACGGGUACUGACAGAGGGGCUCCGCGGGACUGCACGUAAAGAUGAGGACUCAUCCGGUGUGGGCGCUGGGCGCUUGCCAGGCUGGGUGAAGUGAGAACGGAGAGGGGAAACCUGCUGACAAACAAACACCACCCGGGACUGCUGGGGAGGACCUCUGUGCAGGUUCACACGGCCGUCUGCAGGGUGGAGCUUCCUCACCCAUGGAGAAUUACUUCCAGGCCGAGGCCUUUAACCUGGAUAAGGUGCUGGACGAGUUUGAGCAGAACGAAGAUGAGACCGACACUCCCAUUCUCUCGGAUGCAAAGUGGACUCAGAUCCUGGGCCCGCCAGCCCACCUGCUCUCUCUGAACCCGGCCCUGACCCACGCAGAUCUCAGUCCGCAGGAAAGUCCGCUGCCCUUCAAAACUCUCCCAGGCUCCUUUUCGAGCGACUCCCUGGGGAGCGACCCUAAAAAACAUCCCAGUCCCGAACCCCCAUCCUGGGUGGCGGAGAGGCCGGCAGACGUCCACAGCCCCCCCCUACUCCAGCCCAACAUCGGCAAACUGGUGGGCACAGAGGACCUCUCGCCGCCCCCUGUGACGGCCUGUACUGCUGUGGAGAAUGGCUGCCCUGCCAGCCCACAACUGGAUGGGCUCAGCAAGGAGACGCAUCCUCCUCCAGAGAAGCUGCCUGGUGCUUGUGACCAGGAGGCUGAACCUCAUCAGGAGAGAGCUGCCUCAGCAGGAGGAGGAUGCUCCGCUGUCAAUAACACUCACUUUACCUUUGAGGUAAAAUUAGGACACAAAGAUGAAACUUUGUCUCUGAAAAUUCAUCCAAAUGUGCAACUAACGACACCAAAUGGGGGAAAUGUCCCAGAGGGAACCAGUGCUGCUGUUCUGCAGGACAAUUGUACAGAAAAACUAACUGCAAACUUAAAAGAGGAGCAGGUAAAUAUUCUCUUAAAUAGGGAGAGAGAUGUUCAGGUUGGUUGCGAGGUGGAGGUGAAUGGUGUAUAUCCUCCUGACGAGGUCGGGAUGCAGAGCAGAUGUGGUCCAGAGGGACAGUUGGACCAACUCCUCAAGGUAUCAAGCCUUUCCAACGGUUUGGAGAAGGAGAGCAGUAGCCAUUCCAAACUUAAGGAGCCAGAAGAGGUGGAGGAGGGGUGUUCUCCCUCUCCUGUCCCCUCGAAAGAGGACUCGGUCACUGAGGAGAAAGAAAUGGAGGAAAGCAAGCAAGAGAACAGCGACGUAGGAGCAGUGGGGUCAGGUAGCCUCCAGCCCAAACUCCACAACAAUCGUCUGCAGCCGGUCAGUGUGCCGUACGGAGGGGCACGACCAAAGCAGCCGGUCAGCCUCAAGCUCCAAAUCCCACAGCCGCUGUUGGGCCAGGUCCAGAAUCAGCUCGGCCCAGCCGCCAUCAGCAGGAACAAAAACCAGGAGAACCAGUGUCGGAGAAGCACGCCCUCUGAAACUACGUCCAAUGGGACUGAUCAGAGUGCAGUCGGGGUCAACGGGGACGGUGCUGUCCACUCUCCUCCCCCGAUGCCCUCGGAGAGCCCAGACAAUGACCUCCAAGCCGGCCAACAGGGCACUGUGUGCAGGAAACCUGUCACCUCCUUGGGGGAAGUCGCCCCCGUGUGGGUGCCUGACUCCCAGGCUCCUGUCUGUAUGAAAUGUGAUGUCAAGUUCACCUUCACCAAGAGGAGGCACCACUGCAGGGCCUGCGGAAAGGUGUUCUGUGCGACGUGCUGCAGCCUGAAGUGCCGCCUCGUGUACAUGGACAGGAAGGAGGCUCGCGUCUGUGUCACCUGUCAUUCUGCUCUAACCAGUGCUCAAUCAUGGGAGACGCCGGCCACUGGAAGCAACCAGAGUCCGAACCCCAACAACCCAGCAGAGUACUGCUCCACCAUCCCCCCCCUGCAGCAGGCCCAGGCCUCUGGGGUGCUCGGCUCCCCUCCUCCUACCGUCAUGGUGCCUGUGGGAGUCCUGAAACCGGCUGGCAACGAGGUGUGCCUGACGCGGGAGCAGAGGAGGGUGUGGUUUGCUGAUGGGGUGCUACCCAACGGAGACACGGGAGACACCCCCAAACCCCCAACCGCCAGCUCAACCCCGUCACAGGCACUGGCUAUCUCCACGUAUUCAAACAAAUCCUCCACUUCUGAAUCCUUAGAGGCAGCCCAUUCCCCUGUUGCCACGGUGGGCAGCCCCGUGGGCAGCUCCUUCAGUCUGAUCCCGGAGGACGGGCUCCCUCCCAUCCUCAUCUCCACCGGAGUCAAAGGAGGUACGGGAGGCCACGUCACAGACUAUGCAGUGGAGGAGAGGCCGUCGGAGAUCGUCCUCAUGCAGCAGCUGGAGGAGGGAAGUCCAGACCCCCUGGUCUUCGUGCUCAACGCUAACCUGCUCGCCAUGGUCAAGCUCGUCAACUAUGUAAACAGGAAGUGUUGGUACGUGACGACGAAGGGCAUGCACGCCGUCGGCCAGGCAGAGGUGGUCAUUCUGCUCCAGUGUCUACCUGACGAGAAGACCAUCCCGAAAGACAUCUUCACCCACUUUGUUCAACUCUACCAGGAGGCCCUCAGUGGCAACGUGCUCAGCCACCUGAGUCACUCCUUCUUCACGCAGAGCUUCCUGGGCAGUAAGGAUCACGGUGGUUUCCUCUACAUCAGCCCCUCCUUCCAGUCACUGCAGGACCUGCUGCUGCCCAACCCGCCGUACCUCUUCGGCAUCCUGAUGCAGAAGUGGGAAACGCCGUGGGCCAAGGUGUUCCCCAUCCGCCUCAUGCUGCGGCUGGGCGCAGAGUACCGAUUUUAUCCGUGUCCUCUGUUCAGCGUUCGCUUCAGAAAACCUCUCUUUGGAGAGACCGGUCACACCAUCAUGAAUCUGCUCGCAGACUUCCGUAACUACCAGUACACGCUGCCCGUGGUGAAAGGCCUGGUGGUGGACAUGGAGGUCAAACGGACGAGCAUUAAGAUCCCCAGUAAUCGUUACAAUGAGCUGAUGAAGGCAAUGAACAAGUCCAACGAACACGUGCUGGCAAUGGGGGCGUGCUUCAACGACCGGGCCGACUCCCACCUGGUGUGUGUCCAGAACGAUGACGGGAACUACCAGACGCAGGCCAUCAGCAUCCAUCACCAGCCUCGCAAAGUUACUGGAGCCUGCUUCUUUGUGUUCAGCGGUGCUUUGAAAGCGUCGUCGGGCUUCUUGGCCAAAACCAGCAUUGUGGAAGACGGCGUGAUGAUCCAGAUCACAGCGGAGACCAUGGGCUCUCUACGGCAAGCCCUGAGGGACAUGAAGGACUUCACCAUCACCUGCGGGAAAGCGGACCAGGAGGAGAACCAGGAGCUCGUCCACAUCCAGUGGACAGAGGACGACCACGACUUCAACAAGGGUGUCAUCAGUCCCAUCGAUGGGAAGUCGAUGGAGUCGAUCGUCAGUGUGAAGAUCUUCCACGGCUCUGAGUUCAAAGCCAACGGCAAAGUCAUCCGCUGGACCGAGGUGUUCUUCCUCCAGAGCGAAGACCAACCCGACGGCCUGAGCGACCCGGCGGACCACAGCCGGCUGACGGAGAACGUGGCGAGGGCGUUCUGCGUGGCGCUGUGUCCGCACCUGAAGCUGCUGAAGGAGGACGGCAUGGCCAAACUGGGCCUGAGGGUCACACUGGACUCUGACCAGGUGGGCUACCAGGCAGGAAGUAACGGCCAGCCGCUUCUGCCUCAGUACCUGAGCGACCUGGACAGCGCCCUGAUCCCCGUCAUCCACAGCGGGGCGUGUCGGCUGAGCGAGGGCCCGGUGGUCAUGGAGCUGGUCUUCUACAUUCUGGAGAUCAUCUCCUAGGCGUCUCGGCGGCGUCGCCUCCAAACACCGUUUCCUUUCUGGCCUCUUCCCUCCCACCGUUUGCACUCGGAGCGUCGGCAGGCGAGCGGCGCUCCUCCCGUCCAACCUAUGCAUCCAGAGGAAGCUCCCAGCAGCCUCGGCGGCGUAUCCGGCGUACCUGAACCUCGCCUGACGGGGACUUCUGGUGUUCACCCGAGGCGCUCCGAGCAGGACGUGAACUCCAGCCAAUCGGACUGUCCGACCCCAGAGUGGCGUUGCAGUGCCUCUCACGAGAAACGACCCCCUGGAAAGUAUUUCAUGUUUGACUAUCGGUGCAACAUUGACUCAAAGUAGAUUUGAUGUGAAAGAGACCGUCUCUAAUUAUCUCUACAAACCUCAUGAAUUAGAAAUAUAAAUCACAAAACGCGGAUGAACCUAAAUCCUCCACGCCGCAGUAAUCCCCCUGUGGGGGGCCGAGGUGAGCUCGUCAGGAGAGAUUUAAUCACCGACGGUUUGGUGUGAUGUUGCAGUAAAUCGUUCUUCAGACGGAACAUAUUGGUUUCACUAUUUUUGUAUUAUUUAGUUAGAAGAAUGCAAAUGAGUUCCACUUCCAGUGAGAUCGUCUAGAACUAAACGGGGGAGCCGCUGGAGGAGAACCGUUGAGCUGCGAUGUCGUGAAUGAAAGUGUUCGGGGUGACAAGCUUCUACUUUGAUUCAAUGUUGUAGAACGAUCAAACGUCCAGGGAGCUUCUCCUCGGUGUCGUGUGUCGCUCACACGUUACUCCAAUGUCACUGUUGCAGCCGGGGUGGCCCUGGAGUGCUGACCUCUGACCUCUGUGUAGCACGAAUGCUCUUAAACGAGAGGGACUCGUACCCGCCGCUGAAGUCUGGAAUUUUUGUGGCGUUAAAAAGGGAAAUCGUCGAAAUCAAAUCGUCCGAUGGGGAGAGGUGAGCUGACGAAGGUUUUUUUUCUUUUUUUCUCAGCGCCUGCAGCAGCGACUCAUCAAGCGAAAAAGGAACAUUUAGCUUUACUCAUUCAUCACCAGAGGCUUUAGUUCAUGGACCUGCUGGACGUGUUUGUGUCGCGGUGUCAAGUCUCCAUCCUCACUGCAUCUGUAGCCGACGGGUGUGGCUGACGCGCUGUGACGUCACAGGACGCCUGUUUGUCCUCCAGUGGACCGAGGUUCCAAAGCUUUAGUGAUCAACUGGAUCUGAACGUGACGCUGCAGAGAGGAUCGGGUUUUAGAGAUCAUCAAUCAACUUGUUGGAAAAGCCACUCCAGUUAUUUUCAACAGAAUAACUGAUGAUGUAAAGAUAUAUACACACACAUGUAUAUAUAUAGAGAGAGAGAUCAAUAAGAACUGUAUAAAGUUGCAGUGCACUGGAUUCUAAGCCAUUAACAGGAGAGAGGAAGCGAGCCGCUGAGUCCUGGAGGACCACGUUUAGUUUUUGUUUUUCCCCACUGGAGAAAUGUUGCGUGUUUGUAAAGCUCCGGGGUUCCUGCAGAAACGAGGGUUCGAUUGACCCGACGCUGAAUGUAUUUCAUCUCACAUUUCCUGCAACUUUAUCGUCCCUCCAAAGCUCUAAAAUCAUGAACAGAGGAACCCGCGCUGUGGAACUGCUCCAGGGCGUCUGCUCUGGACGGAGCGCUCCUUCAGCUCCGUGGACCUGGAAGGAGCUCUGAGAAUGUAUUCCUCCCGUCCAGAUCUGCAAAGUGUGUGUUUUGUUUCUGGCUAGACGAAUCACCAAAAACCACCGCGUCACGUCUAAAUGCUCUGUACAGUAAUCAUUCUGCAUUAUGGCAAUGUCUCCAUCUUUAAUCACGCUAAUGUAAAAUCAGAAGGAGCUCCACAAAACAAAGUACUGUUGAUACAGUUCAAGAGGGUUGAAGCGUUUUAUCAGUAAAAAUCAAUCUCACCAAUCGGACAAUCAAAUGAAACUGCAGACGAGCCGACGCUUCUCCACCAGCCUGCAGCUGUUCUGUAGUCGUUACUCAAUUUAAAGUAUUUUAGGAGCCACUGUAGGAAAGAGUUGUUAGUGAAGCCGAUUAGACGGUGUUCAGUAAAGGCUGCAUGAGGUCAAAGGUCACCAGUGCUGGGUGUAUUACUGUGAUCCUACCAGUGGGUGCAUCUCAAUCACUGUCUUCACUGACGUUCAUCAGCCGCCACCGGCAGUUCGGUUUUUAUAAAUUAGCAUUAAUGAAGAGACGAGGAUUUAUUUUUCUGACUUCCUGUUUUCUGUUACAUUUUUACUUUGGCAUGAACUGAAGUGUGCAAUAUGUCCUAAAUCCAAAUGAAAAAGGUGGAAUUGGUUGGACUGAAAGUAGCAUUUUUGUUUUGUUGAAUGUUUUUAGUUCUGAUCCAAACCUAUAACACUGCAUGCAAAGCAGCUUGAAUCAAUAAGAGCAAAUCAACUUUGCAUUUUAACAGUUAUACCUUCCAGUUUGUGGAUAAAACAAAAAUAAAUCUACUACUUCAGUUCCGUCAUUGCCUAGGUUUGGUUAAAAAAAACAUAUUUUUCCUUUUUUUAAAACCUGUCUUUUCUUUUACACUGUCAAUAAAAUGGUCUAUCAAAAAAUACUGUACUAUAUGUAAAAUAUAAACUUAUAUAAAAUUAAAA